AUGGCUUCCGGACUCCCGGCCACUCCGCUCAAGAAGAUCAGCAUGGUGCGCAUCGCCCAUGUGUACUACAAGCACAAGAACAUCGACGAAGCAAAGAGAUUUGCCGAGGACUUUGGCUUCGCUCAGACUUCCGAGGUCGGCAAGAAGACAUACUUCCGUGGUUAUGGCACAGAGCCAUUCGUUCUCUGCCUCGAGGCAUCAAACGAGGACGAGUUCGGCGGCGCAGCCUUCGUCGUUGAAUCCAUGGAGGACUUGAUGCAAGCAGCCAAGACACUCCCCAAUGAAUGCAAAGCCACCGACAUCUACGACCUCACAGAUGCCCCUGGCGGUGGAAAGUGUGUAACGUUUUAUGACCCUGUCGACAAGUUCCCCUUCCAUCUUGUCUACGGCCAGUCGCCGGUCGAGGCGCGGGAUGUUGAUUUUCCCAUUGUGCGCUUCAACUUUCCUAACGAGAAGAACCGCGGAGCCAACGAAUUCCAACGCUUCAAGAAGCGACCAGCACCGGUACAUAAGCUGGGUCACUUCGGCAUGUGUGUAACCGACUUUGCCAAGUGCUAUGACUUCUACACCAAAUACUUCAACUUCUUCCCUAGUGAGCUUGUCCAUAACGACGAAGGUGUCAACAAGACCGUCUUUUUCAGACUCAACCGCGGAAGAGACCUUGUCGACCACCAUUGCUUCUUCUUCUUUGAGGGUCCCAAGAUGCACGUCCACCACUCGUCCUUCGAGACCCACGAUUUCGAUACGCAGGUGCUCGGUCACGAUUGGCUUCGUCAUCAAGGCUACAAGAACUGCUGGGGUGUGGGUCGACACGUAAUGGGCAGCCAGAUCUUCGAUUACUGGUUCGACCCAUCCGGCUUCAUUCUUGAGCACUAUGUGGAUGGUGAUCUCCUCGAUAUGAAUGAGCCCACACAUAACACCAAGGCAGCUCCUGACAACCUACAUGUUUGGGGCCCUGAGGUUCCAGCCACUUUCUUGCAGUGA